CCAUUUCCUCUCACGGUGUGAAAAAAAAGCCCAGACUGUGGAGUUCCAUCGUCGAGAUGACGUCUCACAUGGCACUGUGCAAACUCUUUCCUCUGGUUCUGGUGGCGGCUGUGGUGCUCACUGUGAAUGGGAUAAUAGGAGAUCCCCUGUUUGAAUGCCUCCAAGACACAGACUACAGCGAGCUUCUUGACAUCGUGAAGAAAGGUCUUCCUGCUACAAAGACGCCUCGACACGUAGCAAUCGUCGGUGGGGGCAUCGCUGGACUGACGGCUGCCAAGUUUCUAGAAGAUGCUGGACAUAAGGUGACCAUAAUCGAGGCCAGUAAUCGUAUCGGAGGACGUGUGGAGACCUUCAGGAACAGGAGAGAGGGCUGGUAUGCAGAACUGGGGGCCAUGAGGAUCCCGAGCUUUCAUAAGAUUUUGCUUUCUUUUGCGUCCAAAUUACAAAUACCUAUGAACCGCUUCAUCCAAGAUGACAUCAACACCUACUACUUGGUAAAUGGAGUGCUACAUAAAACCUAUACAGUUGAAAACAACCCCAGCGUGCUCAACUACAGCUUGUCUGACAGGGAGAGGGGGAAAACGGCCGCUCAGCUCUUCAGCCAGGCGCUGUGGAAGGUGAGAGAUGAUGUGAAGGCAAUCGGCUGUAGUGCCACGUUGGAUAAAUAUGACUCCUACACAGUGAAGGAGUAUCUGGUGAAGGAGGGCAAUCUGAGUCGUGGAGCCCUGAGGAUGAUUGGGGACAUCCUGAAUGAAAACAGCCUCUUCUACACAUCACUGAUCGAGAUGAUGUACAUGCAGUCAGACAUCAGUGACAACGUCGAGUACUUUGAGGUGACUGAUGGCUUUGAACACCUCCCCAGAGCUUUCUACCAGGUCUUAAAUGCCACCAUCCUCCUCAACUCCAAGGUCAAGCUCAUAAACCAGACAGGUGGUAGAAAUGUGACCAUCACCUAUCAGGACCAGCACAACUCGGGUUCCCUGGCUAACCUAACGGUGGACUACACCCUGGUCACUGCCACAGCCAAGGCCACCCUGUUCAUUGACUUCCAGCCCCCUCUCUCUGGGGACAAGAUGGAGGCCCUGCGCUCAGUUCAUUACACCAGCUCCACAAAGGUGGUGCUUAGUUUCAAGGAGCGCUUCUGGGAUAAAGAGGGCAUCAGAGGAGGGAAGAGCAUCACAGACCGGCCCGCUCGCUUCAUCUACUACCCCAGCCACAGCUUCCCCGGGACAUCCGCAGGUGCACUGCUGGCAUCCUACACCUGCUCUGACGACUCCGCCCUCUUCCAGGGCAUGAAUGAUGGGGAGCUGAUGGCUGUGGUCCUGGAGGACUUGGUGAAGAUCCACGGAGAGUACAUCAGGCCUUUGUGGACAGGGGGGCUGGUGAAGAAGUGGGGCUUGGAUCCUUACAGUCUGGGAGCCUUUGUCCUGUUCACACCUUACCAGCAGGGGCACUAUGCCAGAGAACUGUUCCAGAAUGAGGGACGGGUACACUUUGCAGGAGAGCACACAGCCACACCUCACGGAUGGAUCGAAACGUCCAUCAAGUCUGCACUCAGGGCAGCUAAAAAUGUUAACAGUCUUACACUGUAGUGUUUCAUGCAGCAAACAUUUAUUCCAUGUUCACUCCUUUAGGGUUUGUCUGAUUUCAUGAACACUGCUCCAGCUCAGUGCUGUGUGCUCCUGGAACCCCCAAGCUAACCGAAAAGCCUCUGGAGAUCUAACUUUGGUGGC